AGAUGUACGGAAGCCGGAACAGUGUUCUAGGUGAUCUAAGAAGAAAUACGUAGACUAAAUCGCGGAGGGAAAAGCACUGAUCCUUAAAACACCAAGGAAAAAGCCCACGCAAGACCCAUUUCUUCAGGCACAGCUGCGGAUGGUUGGUUGGCUGAGGAAUGUGAAGCAAACCUCAAGAACCAAGAACGAGGGGUCAGGGCAGAGCUGCUCAAAUAGCCAAGGCCAGUGGUUCUUCCCUGCCAGCAGCCACCAGCCCUGACUGGAGGGGACAGGGUGGCAACGUCCUGGCCUCACUUCCUGAGCUCAUUUCCCUUUCCCAGGGCUCUGCACAGUCUGCCUGGCUAUAUCCCUCCCAAAACUCCCGCAGGAGAAAGCCCAAGCCCUGAGCCGUCCACAGUCUGACCCCACUGCCUGCAGGUUCUUUUCACCUCCCAGUCAACCCGCUCCAGGCUCUGCACAAACACAGAAUCACGUUUCUCGCUUUAAACUGCUCUAAUACACGAGUAAGAAGACAACCGGUGACCCGAGAGUCACUAAGUACACACGAAUGAAGAUGAUCGGCCGCUUUUAGAAAAACUAUAAUAUGUGGCUGGGAUUUGGGCGUUUACAAGCAGAAUUUAUGCUCGAAGUCACCACCCUAAUUAUCUCUGCACCCACAAGGAUGCCGCGGAGCCACGCCCUCGGGGGCGGGGCCUGCGCUUGCGCUAUUAAGCCAGGACCCUGCCGGAGUCCCAGGCAUCCACACCCAGAGACCUCCAGACACAGGGCUCCGGGUCGCUACUGGAUCCGCGCUCCAUCAGGAAGCCUGGCGCUGCCCGGCCAUGUCGUCCUGCACCCGCGUGGCGCUGGUGACCGGGGCCAACAAGGGCAUCGGCUUAAGAGGGAGAUACCACACCCUUUCCUAUUGUAGCGGAAGUGACAAUGAAAACAAACUUUUUUGGUAUCCUGGACCUCUGUACCGAGCUGCUCCCUCUAAUAAGACCCCAAGGUAGGGUGGUGAAUGUGUCAAGCAGGAUGAUUUUCGUGGACCUUCCAAACUGCAGCCCAGAGCUGCAGCAGAAGUUUCGAAGUGAGACCAUCACCGAGGAGGAGCUGGCGGGGCUCAUGAACAAGUUCGUGGAAGAUGCAAAGAAUGGGGUGCACGAGAAGGAAGGCUGGCCCAACUCUGCAUAUGGGGUGUCCAAGAUCGGCGUCACGGUCCUGUCCAGAAUCCAAGCCAGGAAACUCAGUGAAGAGAGGAGAGGGGACAAGAUCCUACUGAACGCCUGCUGUCCGGGGUGGGUGAGAACUGACAUGGCGGGGCCCUCGGCUACCAAAAGCCCAGAAGAAGGAGCAGAGACCCCCGUGUACUUGGCCCUUCUGCCCCCCAAUGCCAAGGCCCCCCAUGGAGAGUUUGUUCAGAACAAAAAUGUUGUACAGUGGUGAGCUCAACUCAUACCACUCAGGGUCCCAUCUUGUACCAUGACAUGAUGUGACCCAAAGGACAUUUAUACUGUCCAGUAUAUCCCCAUGCGAAAAAUAAAUCAACACAUCCCCAUCCGGGACUCAGUACUGAUAGACAAAUAAGAAAGUAGACUAUUCACUGAGUGGCCAUUAAUUCUAUGAAGUCUUUUAUGGUUUCCUCUGUGAUAGAGGGAGAGAAAAAGUAAAGUUGCUGGAAAUAUGAAUAAAAUCAGUAGCCAAACAAAAGGUUCUUUCAGAA